GAGCAAACAAAAGAGUAAUCUCAAGAGAAUUUACAAUUGAGACCAUUGUUUACACUACACAAAUCAAUAAACAGUUCUAAAGUGAUAUUAAUUUUAAUUUAUAAAUAAGCAUUACGAAAUAUAAGUAGUGCUACUAAGCUCGUAAAUAAUUUGUGAUAAACGUGAACAGAAAAUAUGGAUUUAAAUGAAAAAGUGGAACAACUUACCAAUGAAACAGCAGAACUGCGGAAUGAAGUUACACAACUCAAAGAAUCGUUGACAAAGCAAAAUCAAACCAUAAUAAGGCUCAUCAAAGAACAAUGUCAUCUUCUGAGAAAAUAUGAGGAGAAAAAGCAGGAUAGAAACUUUUGUACGCAGAAAGCGAAACAAUUUCUAAACAUAUUUCCGAUAAAUUCGCAAGACGAUUUGGAAAAGGCUGAAGAGAGCAUAAAUGACGAAAAUAAAGGGGAAUGUAUUGCACUUGCCAGAGCACUCUUAAUGCCCGGAAGUUUUAAAAAGAAUUUGAAUAAGAUAUUGGGUUGUGAUGUCAUUCUGGACUACAACGUUGAUGGUAGGCACAAUAAAAAACGUAUACAAGAUUAUCCGAAAAUAUUGGAUGUGCUUUUUCAAGCCACAACAAGAGAGGGAUGGAAUUAUAAGUACUUUCUGGACGACCUUAGGAAUGGUUUUAAGUGCGCCAAAAAUAAACAUUUCAAAUUUAAUUGGGCUCAACGUAGAAAAUAUUCUGAACAGCCAUCAAUUAAAAUCGAAGAAGUUUUAAUACCAUUUGAUAAUGAAUAAAAAGUCCUGCUUGAAUGAAA